CAUAGCCCAGGAAGGAUACAAUUCAGUAUGUGUUAUGUAGUACGCUGUCAUAUCCUGUGUGUUAUCAGGACGGACUAGUGUCCUAAUGCUCCUCAGUGUGUUUUACACCACGUGAGGGAACAAUCUUAUAUGUUUGAGGCCUGGAACUAAUAUUAAAAUUCUCUUCAUAUAAAGAUCCAGCUACUUUUCCCGUGCCUAAACACACACCCUUAGUAUAACAAACAAUCCUAGCUCCUGUAUGACACUUUGCUCUUUCCUAAUUAGAACGGCAAAAACCUUUAUUACGGAAUGGUGAGCACCGUCCAGCUGUGGCUCUUCUCAUGGACACUGGUGGCCUUGGCUUCAGCGAAGCACCACGAAUGUCUCUCCAGUGGUUUGCUUAACGAAAAAAAUCCCACUCCACCUCUAACUAUCGGAAGUGGCAUCACACUGCGUCUCAAACCUCAAAAUGCAGUGAAGCAGCUUAUUAUUCACGCAGCCCUGGAGGAUGAUAACGAACAAGAAGUGUAUGAGUUAGGGAUCACAGAAAACAUGCAAGUUGUGUGGGGAGAUAUGGAGGUUACAUUGAAGGAUUCUAAAACGCGCAACAAUGUGUUUAAGGUCCCUUGGCCACCAAUACUUAUAACUAACGCUUGGACAACAAUAUUUCUUCGUCUUCAUUACCACCAUUUACUUCAAUUGGCACUUAUUCCUCACGAAGCUAUGAACAAACCUCGUGACUUUGUACACUCCCAAAUCUUUGUCAAACCGGCAGCUAUCACCGCCAACCUUGACAGAUUUGGUGUUACAAAACUCCGCUUGAAGCGUCUCACUUCCAAUAUUUCCAUACAGUAUACUGUCAACUGUGGCCAAGAGUUCCUAGCAACAAGCUUUGCUUCAGAGUUUGGAAUACUUUCUGGUGAAUCAUUCUGGCGCAACAUGACGUGGAUUUUUGUGGGAAUCAUGUCCGUUACUGUGGUGAUUCUUAUUUUAACAUUUAUCAAGAUAUGUUAUGACAGAACAAAACAAAAGCCCAACAGCUUCAUUCUGGCAAGAUUUCAGUCUGGUGGCAAGGAAAGUGUGUCUCCUGGCCCUGUGAUGGUGUCAUCCACUCGAGGUGGUAAGCAAAAGGAAUCUCGAGAGGCAGAAGAUGGAUGUGGACUGCAGCCUCCCCGGGUUACUGUGGGUGUCGUGUCCUCUCGUGCUCCAUCACCUGGCAAUGAAGUUGAUGAAACCACUAUGGAUUAUGUUAACAAGGCAUUCUUAUAUGAAAACUGAGCCUUCUACUACCAAUGAAGCAUGAUUUCUAAAAGAAAAAGAGAAAAAAAAAUGCAUGCUGGUAAAAUUUUAUCAAGCUUUAACCAAAAGCAAGAUUACUAAACAUUACACCAAAAAAAGCAAGAAGUUUGUUGUUGAUAAUUUCCUUUCUCUUACCAUGG